GGUGGCGAAAAGCUGUUCUUGAAGCAAUGUCUACUGAAAAACAGGCAGUUGGAAGAAAUGUUGACGGUCUUCCGGUGAACCAACUAGCAACAGACUUAUCGGAUGAUUUAAAAAUGUCAUCCGGGUUCGGGUCUCUAGUGAAAGUAGCAUGCAUGCUGCUCGAUAAGUUUUCAUCGGACCCCCGAUGUGUGGACGAGUUCGUAGAGGAUAUUUCCACGGAUCUACAGGGGAGCUUUGAUCCUCUGGAGAGUAAAUUCAUCCUGAAAGUUGUUUCUGGAUGUGUUGAGUAUGAAAAGCUGCUUGAUAUUGUUAUCAAUACGUUCUAUGGUCAGCAUAGAAAGUGGUUGUGCAAAAGUGACCGCAACCAGUUCAUCAUUAUCUGCUACCUCUGCAUGUUUUCUCUUGAUGAACUUGGACUUGAACAUUUUAGCACCAUAAUUAAAUCUCUGGGCCACUGGAAGAUGCACUUCUUUCUAGACUUUUUCUUCUCAAGCAUCACCACCUGGGUACAAGCAGAGUGGAACACAUUCUAUGAUCCUGAAUUUGUGGAGAAGCACUUAAUCGCCAAUCUGCUCAGGUGGCGCCCUGAGAUCAAUCAUCUCAUGGAUCAGCUUUCAAAAAAAGAAAGGAGAGCUCGAACUAAACCCACCCAGUGUCAGGAUUUCAUCCUCUCCAAAAAUAAACUGCCAACCCCACCCAAAGAGGAGCUGAGCCCUCUGCCAGACAAGUUCACACCAGUACCAAGCAGUACUUACAUGACUCCAAGAGAACUGCAGAAAAUACAGGAGUGUAAAGAGAAGAACCAAAAAAAGGCUGAGGAACUUCUGCAUGCGAUCCACUUCACAUGUAGGGAUCCGGAGAAAUCAGAAGAAACGGAGAGUGUGAUUUCCCAGAUUAAGGCAGAAGGCAACGCCAAAAUGAAGUCUGAGUCUUUUCAAGCAAGAAGAAUUUCUUGCAGUUUUAAGGUGGUGAGCCACCCAGUCAAGCUUAAUAAUGCAGCUAUUUGGAGAAGAGAGGCUUUGCAUGACCGUCUGGUGAAGGAGGAGCUGCACAGAAUAGAGGAACUGGUGCAGGGAUCGACAGACCUGUCGCCUUUCCUGCAGCGGCAAAAGGAGCUGGAGGAGCGGGAGCGCCAGGAGAAGAGGCAGAAAGAAGAAAGGACCCGUCUGGAGACUCAGAUCACCGAACAGGAGAUAGCUCUGAAUCGCCUACGGAUUGCUGAGCAAAAACAUGAAGCUGUUCAGCGCAAGAAAGAAGAGACUGCUCGCAUCAUGCAAAGAUAUGCAAAAAAGCGGCUGAAGGAAGAAAAGGAAGUAAGACACAUAGUGCAACAAGUGAUGGAGGACAGGAUUAACUUAAAAGUAGCUCAAGAAAGGAGCAAGAAAAUAAAGCAGAAAAUCGUGAAAGAAGUAUCAGAGGAAAAUCAGGAGCUGCUUCGCCAAGCCCUCGAGGAACAAGAGGAGGAGCUCAGAAAAAGGUUUCAAAUCGUCCACGAAAUUCGCGCCAUCAAGUCGCUGCAUAUCGUCAAACCGAACAACUUCAACGACACGGAGACUGCAGGCUAUGAGCUGCUGGGUGAGAUGUCGCUGGCCGAGCUGAAGGAGAGGCUGGCGCUGCUGAGGCAGAACCAGCAGAAAGAGGAGGAGGAGCGACGCAGCAACAUCCUGCAGGAGAAGCUGAAGAAGCAGCAGCAGAUCCUGGAGACGCUGGACAACAUUAACCUCUACAGCCAGCUGCUGACGAAGGAAGCAGCCGACAGGAAAGAGGAACGGCGUGUCCAGCAGGAGCUCCUGAAACAGGUGGUGGCUGAGGACAGCACCAUUGUGGCCCUGAAGAAGAAGCUGGAGGAUAAGAAACAGGAGUUACACAAAGUGAAGGAAACUGAGAGGAGCCGGGCCAAACUCAGACAAAGGUUCGCCAGCAGAGCGUCCAUUCAGGUGAGUUUCCUGCAGGGAUCCAUCAGUCUUCCUGCUUCGACAUCAGUUGUUCUCCUCUCCUUCCUUCCCCCAGAGAGAGUCAAGGGAGACAACAUGGGAGGAACUGGAGCAGAGCUUAGCCCACUACGUUCAGGACGCUGAGUGAUUCAACCUCUUUGGAGAAAAACACGUAUAAACAUGUGAACGAUGCUCCCUGAUAUGAUUCAUGUUUCAUCUUACCAUCAUUUUUAAACCAUUCUGACUCACUUUCAAUCCAUUAAAUCUGAUUAAAAACGUCCCAGUGUGCCUGAGGUUUGUUCACAGAAUCACAAGUCGUUGCACCAUUUUUGUUUUAAGACCAUGUUUUUGUUUCAGUUCCUCCAACAGCUUCAAGAAGCAAGAAAAGGUGAAAACAGGACGUGAACCUUCAACCUCUGACUCAUGGGAUUUUUCCAGAUCACAUCGUCCACUAACGUUACUCAGAAAGAACAGGAUCAUCCUGACUGCUCACUGUUUUCCCACCAGCUUAGAGAAACAAAUCGGAAUUAUGUUAACAUAUAUGUUGCCAUACAAAGACAAUAAGCUUUAUCUAUAACGGCUUUCCAUACAGUCAGGGUUUAAACAGAGAAACGUUAAACUACUUGAAACACAAUCAAUUAAAUGAUCAAGUCAAGAGAACAGACAGUUAAAACAAGCAAAUAUUAAUAAUAAAACAUGAAACAAAUAACAGUAAAAUAAAUUAAUCACUUCCAGAGAAUGAGGAACUGUGAAAUAAGGAACUGAGCGAAGGUCACAAGAUGAAAUACCAAAAUAUGUUUUUUGCUCAUUUUAGGAUAUCAUGUAUUUGCUGUGGUUCAUUCUGUAUGUUACAUAAUGAU